AUGACAGGCCUGCGCGCCGCGCUCGUCGCGGCGUGGUGCCGGUGCGCGGCGCCCUACGAGGCCCUCUUCGUCAACGGCGCGACGCGGCCGCCGCGCACGAUGGUCGUCAGCGUCGAGGGCCGGGGCAACGCGACGCUCGCGGCGGGCGAGGGCGCGGCCUUCGACGCGGCGCCGGGCGUCGCCGUCGACUGGUUCGAGCACCCGGCGAGCGCGGCGUCCUUCGCGGACCGCGUCGUCGUCGCGUCGCGCCGCUACGUCGAGCCCUUCGACCGCGACGACCGCGCGGCCGCGAGGCAGUUCGUCUUCCUCGACGCGCUCCACGUCGCGCCCUGCCGCGACGGCGUCCCGGCGACGGCGCCCAUAGAGAGUGCGACGUACGCGGACGCGAAUCGGAGCUUCCGCGUCGACGUUCUGGCCCGGCGGCCGCUCGUCGCCGCGGUGGCGGGCUUCGCGGCGCCGGGCGAGUGCGACGCGCUCCGCGCGGCGGCGGACGCCGAGGGCCGCGAGCGGGCGCCGCGGGACGGGGGGCUGAGCCACGAGGGCUCGAGCUUCCGGCGGCGCCGCGGCGUCUUCCUGCCGUACGGCGAGCGCGACGCGUACGAGCCCCACUGCGACGUGUCCUGCGACCGCGCCGACGGCGCGGGCGGGAGCGGCGGCCGCGCGGCGACCGUGCUCCUCUACUGCGCGGCGCCGGCCCUCGGCGGCGCGACCGUGUUCCCCGGCCGCGGCCUCAAGGUCGACCCCGUGCCCGGGUCCGCGCUCUUCUUCGCCUACGACGCCGACGCGGCGUCGACGCUCCACGCGGGCUGCGCCGUGCGGACGGGCGCGAAGGUCGUGGCGAGCGCCUUCUUGCGAUCCGGCGUGUCGGCGGAGCGGCCCUGGGGGGCGGUCGACGUGGACGGGGUGGCGCAUGUAAUGUGA